AUGGUUGGCUAUUGGGCUUUUGUGUUCUUAUUCUUAGCAUCUAUUGCUAAUGCGAAAGCCGAAGUCUUUUAUGUGACAAAUUCAACAUAUGGAGGAAACCCUAGCGGCGAUAUUACGCUUGCUUUGGCUGACGCUUGGAGAGCUGCCUGUUCAUCGCCAUGGCCAGCCAAAGUUGUUAUUCCAGAAGGGGAAUACUACUUAAGAGGAGCAAUUUUACAUGGUCCAUGCAAAUCUCCCAUUGAGGUUCAAGUUCAAGGGUAUUUGCGUGCUCCACAAGAAAGCAGCCAACUCCUUCAACAGAAUACUUGGGUUGGCUUUCAAUACGUUGACAGGCUCACCUUAUUUGGUGGUGGAACUUUUGAUGGCCAAAGUAAUUGCCACAAAUAUAAAAGUUGCCAAUCCAACAGAAAUUUGAGGUUUGAUUUUGUCACAAAUUCAGUGAUCGAGGGCAUAACUUCACUAGAUAGCAAAAAUUUCCACAUCAAUGUUUUUGCAUGUCGCAAUGUUACAUUCCAAUAUGUUACUAUCACCGCACCUGAAGACAGUGUCAACACAGAUGGAAUUCACAUCGGGAGAUCGUUUGGGGUCACCAUUGAUCACACAAUAAUUGGAACAGGCGACGACUGCAUUUCUCUUGGUGACGGUAGCCAGAACAUUGUCGUGACCAACGUUACUUGUGGACCAGGGCAUGGCAUAAGCAUCGGGAGCCUAGGAAAGUAUCCAGACGAAGAGCCCGUGGUUGGAGUCAGAGUGAAGAACUGCACACUCACUAACACACAAAAUGGUGUGAGAAUCAAAACAUGGCCGGGUUCUCCAACAUUUACAACUGCCUCGCAUAUUCACUUUCAAGAUAUUAACAUGGUAAAUGUUAGUAACCCUAUUUCUAUAGACCAAGAGUACUGCCCUUACACUUAUUGUGGAAAAGAUGAUCCAUCCAAAGUCAAGAUAAGCGACAUCAGUUUCACCAACAUCAAGGGCUCAUCUGCAACCCCAGUUGCAGUCAAGCUUAUGUGCAGUAGAAAAAUACCGUGUGAUGGAGUCGGGUUGACUGACGUGGACCUCACGUACAUCGGAAGCAAAGGCCCUCUCACCUCUCAAUGUGCUUAUGUCAAGCCCUACAUUACUCGCGUGGCGAAUGCUCUUGCUUGUGCUACCUGGUCAUAUUCUAAUAGUCUAAGAAGUGGAAGAAAUCUCACUAAUCUUCUCACUAGAUAG